AGCGCCCGCCCCCCCUCCCCAAAACCCCACGUUGAAAGACAAUAGAAACAAACAAGAAACUGGUCGGCAUGAUCUCUUUUUGUCAUACCAGAGAAUUCCUAUAUGAAGUCCUAUAUCCCCAACCCCAGUGGCAACCAAAACCAGCAUUCUCUGUCCCUUAUAGCUAGCAAGUAUAAUGGUUCAAGGAAGUACCAGAAUUUUGCCAGGUUUCUGCAUCAGCCGGAUGGCGGUUCGAGUUCGGGUCAGAGUCCGUGCCCAGCCUGCUGAGCAGUACAAGCAGAGCUAUAACUCCAUCUACAGAGAUGAGUCUUCCAGUAACAGCAUUGAGGCUAACUUCGACUGCAACAUGUUGACAUCACCGGAGUCAGAAGGGCGAAACAGAGUCAUGGUUGUGGCUGAUUCGAGCCACAAAGCAAAGGGUGCGCUCCAGUGGGCGCUUUCCCACGCUGUCCAGAGUCAGGACACAAUCGUCCUCCUCCAUGUAACCACCAAGCCCUCCAAACAAUGUUUGCCUUCCAGAAGAAACCUCAAUAGGAAGAAGGCUUAUCAGCUACUUUAUUCUAUGAGAGAACACUGUCAAAGAACAGUGCCUGGGGUGCAUGUUGAGAUAGCAGUGGUGGAAGGGAAAGAAAAAGGACCAACAAUUGUGGAAGAGGCAAAGCAGCAACGGCUCUCGCUACUGGUUCUUGGGCAAAGGAAACGAUCCAUGGUUUGGCGGCUGCGGACAGUGUGGAUGAGGAAGAGGAAGCGAAUUAGGGAUGUCGAGUAUUGCAUUCAGAACUCUAAUUGCAUGACCAUUGCAGUGAGGAGGAAGAGCAGGAAAUGUGGUGGCUAUUUAAUCACCACCAAGAGUCACAAGAACUUCUGGCUUUUGGCUUAGUGGAAAUCAAGGCAAUUCCUACAGCUUAGUUUGUAACUCCUGAAGCAGUUUCAAGAUAGAAGUUAACUGAAACUUAUACCAAUCAAGUAAAUACAUAACAAAUCUACUGAGCAGGCAAAGGAGAAAAUUAUUGUAAAAGAAUUCUUACGAUCCAAGUAGCUUGCUCGUUGGUUCUGAUACUCCCAAGGACUUGCAAUGCCAUCCACAGAAACUGGUCCUCAGUUGGUCGAUGGAAUGAAAAAUCUUUCGCCAUCUUCUUUGGUUGAUACUUCUUCUCCAUCCCUAUCUUCAUAUGGUAUUACCAUGUCAUACCCACAAGCAAUAGCAAUUACAGGACUCGACAUUAAAAGAAUAUAUAAACCAGUUGUCACCAUGCAGAAAUUUUAGUGAGUAAUGAACAUGCCAAACAAAGCACAGGUUUUCAUCAUGGACGUGCAACAGAUCUAGUUCAGUAGGCAAAAAUUGAAAUCAUAUUCACAAAUCAAAGUCCAUGUUGCUUACAUAAAAUUUCCUACUCAUACUACAUAACUGUCUUAGUCCCUUCCCAAACAACUCAUCA